GCCACUUGUUUGUUGUUUUGAUGGGUCUUUGACAUGUUUAUUGGAUGGAAUUGAAUUUUUAGGACUAAAUUCCUUUUUUUUACUAUGAAAAAAUUAUUCGCAUAACGAGCUAUAGAUUAUCUCCAAAAUCUUUGAAAAAAAAAGUUUCGACGGAAUUUUAUUUUUUUCUUCAUUCCAAAACCCCAUCAAAAAUCGUUAUUACUUCGAUCUGUUGUUCCACCUCUCGACUGUCUAACACAUUCAAUUAAUGGCUCAUUUCACGUAACAGUGUAUCGAAAUGUCAAAUUACGAUGACUGUAUGGCAUCGUACACUCAUUCAUUGGGGUGUGACAUUCAUUAGUUGCUCAGUGUUUCGAUCGCAAGUGUUUUGUGCCUUACAAUUUUUUUUGUCGAUAUUUUCACAAAUUUUCGUUUUAGUUUCAAAUGUUUUUAUUUAUGCAUCGCAAAAAUGUUCCAUGAUAAUGUUAUAGCCGCUGUGUGUAUUUUGAUUAUUUCACCAUUUUGUAUCGGUCAAUAUUAUGAAGUCGAACAAACGAAGUUGGAAAAAUUUGUGUGGUGUACAACAAAUGAACCGGAACAGUACAAAUGCGGUAACUUUACGAUGGCCCUCGAGCGUGAUCGUGCAUUGUUUGACGAUAAUUACAUCAAUGUAACGUGUCACCAAGCCUUUUCAACGGAAGAAUGCAUUCAGUUGAUUGACACGGAAAAAGCGCAUAUGAUGUCAUUGGACGCUGGAAAUGUGUUUAUAGCCGGUCGUUAUCAUUCGUUGAUUCCAAUCAUGCAAGAGAGCUUCGAUGGUGGAUUCGUGAACUACUAUUCGGUUGCUGUUAUCAAGAAAGAUACCAUACCUGAAGUGACCUCAAUUCGUGACUUGCGCGGAAAGAAAGCAUGCUUUGCUGAAGUCGGCAGUCAAGCCGGUUGGACUAUUCCAAUUCAUACGUUACAACAAGAAGGCGGCAUGGAAAUCAUCGAUUGCAACAAUCAUGUGAAAAAUGCCAUCAAUUUCUUUGGCGAAUCUUGUGCUCCGAACUCUUUGAUCGACAAAUACAAUCCAAUUGGUGACAAUUCUGAUAAAUUAUGCGCUCUUUGCACUGGAAAAGUGCCCGGCGGUAAAUGUACACAUCGAGAUCCAUAUGCCGGUUUCGAAGGUGCUUUCAGAUGUUUGUUGGAAGCCGGUGAAAUUGCUUUCUUGAAACACACGACCGUUAGUGAAAUGAUCAACAGCAAAGAAUUCCGUUCGGCGCAUGCUGAUCGUUUUGAAUUAUUAUGCCGAGAUGGUUUGAGACGUCCACUAUCCGAAUAUCGUCAAUGUAACUGGGGUCUUGUCCCAUCACAUGCCUUGGUCACUUCAUCAGCUCGUUCAUCGCAAGAGCGAAAACAUUAUCAACAAUUUUUGACACGAGCCGUGCAACUUUACUCCACUAAACCUGUUCAAAAUUCAACCUUAAACGACCGCCGCUACGAAGGUUACAAUCGAUUCGACACGAACAAUGAUAAUGACAAAUACUACGACCAAAAGUAUUUGCAAGAACAGAACAAUCAAGGAGGUCAAAAUUCAUGGAAUCCAUACGAAACAAACAAAGGUGGUUCUGGUAGUUCUGGUGGUUUCAGAAGCAAUUUAGAUAGUAGUUUUACCACUGAACGCUCACGCUUUGAUGACAACACAACGCAAACCUAUGAGAAAUUCGAAAUUUUCGAAUCGGAACGCUAUGGCGGUCGAUUGAAUCUUCUCUUCCAAGAUGCAGCUCGGAAUUUGGUGCCAAUCAAAGAAGACGAUCAAAGUUUUGGCGGCUAUUUGGGCAGUGCACUGCAACAGAUUCUGGAAGUUCGUCAAUGUCCCGUGGGUCGAAUGACUUUGUGCGUCACAUCCGAUGCGGAAUUGGAUAAGUGUAUUAAGAUGAGGACUGCUUUGAAAGCUCAAUUGAUCAAACCGGAAAUGAGUUGCUUCAAAGGACACUCGCACAUCAAUUGUAUGCAAUCGAUUCGAACGGGUAUUGCUGAUGUUGCUGUUCUGGAUGCAAGCGAUGUUUACACCGCUGGAUUGCGUUAUGAUUUGAUUCCAAUCAUUUCGGAGGUGUAUAAUUUGGGUGAACCAGAAUAUUACGUGGUGGCUGUGGCCAAAGAAGAGGAUCCAUCAACGGAGUUGACAUACUUGAAGGGGAAAUAUACGUGUCAUCCGGGUAUCAACACAGCUGCCGGCUGGGUGUAUCCAAUGGCUUAUUUGAUUUCGAACGGAUGGAUUCGACCAUAUGGUUGCGAUAGUGUUCGAGCAGCGGCGGAAUAUUUCACCAAAUCUUGCGUGCCAGGUGCCAUUAGUGGCGAAUAUAACAUUGGCGUUCCAUAUGACAAUCUAUGCGAUUUGUGUCAUGGAACUUCUUACAGAUAUUGCCGUCGUGAUGCAUCCGAAGAUUAUUAUGGGCACACUGGCGCCUUCCGUUGCCUAGUUGAAGGUGGUGGCGAUGUAGCCUUCGUCAAGCAUACAACAGUCAUGGAAAAUACCGGCGGAAAGAGAAGAGAAUGGUGGGCUCGAAAUACACUGAAUGAUGACUUUGAACUCCUUUGUCCAGAUGGUACUCGACGUGAUUUACCUGAGUAUAGAAACUGUAAUUUGGGCAAGGUGAAAGCGAAUGCAGUAGUUACACGCGGCGGAGAAGGCUUCAAUGAAACUCAAAUCAAUGCAUACAUGAAUCUCUUUACCUAUGCUCAACAAUAUUAUGGCCGCAAAGAUGCUGACGCCUUCAGUUUCAGUAUGUUCUACUCGAUGCCACCGUAUCAUGAUCUUAUUUUCCAAGAUGCAACCCAACAAUUGCAACCGGUUCCACACUCAAAACGACGCUACGACUUGUAUUUAGGCGGUGAUUUCAUGCGUGCCAAACGCAUUACUGAUUGCGAUGCCGGAGCUAUGGCUCACAAAUUCUCAAUAAGUCUGGCCAUCAUUGUUCCAUUACUCGUCGCUUUUACAUUCACACACCUUUGAACAUUAAGCAGGAGCAAAAAGCAGCCAUUUCGAUUAAAAUUUAAGUCAAAACUGACAAAAACCAAAUUGUGCAACUAAAUAAGUGCUAACACACAAAUUGCUCAGAAUCUAAAUGCUAUGGAUGCCAAGUAUCCGUAGUAAAUUUCAAAUUCCGUCCAAUUUUUUUUUUAAAUGAUUCACCGUAGAAAACUUGAACAGAACUUUUUAGUCACUGCGAAUUUUAUCGCACCGAAAUAACAAAAAAAAAAUCGACCAUUUACCACAUUAAAUGUAAGACAUUAUGAUCGACACUAAUUGUGCAGCUUGGAUUUAUAUUUUAAAUCGUUAGAUUAAGCCGUAAUUUCCGUCCAUUUUUUUUCGACGUCUUAUAAAUGAACUGUUUACAUAAAGUGUAGAAAAUCAAAAUAUUUCUUUUUUAUAUUAGAAGACGCGGUUUUACAAGAAAGUUUUAUAGCAUUUUUAAACCAUUUUUUGAUGUACAAAAAUGUUCAACAUUCCAUUUCUUUAGUAAAUUAAAUAGAAACUUUUAAAACGUA